AUGCCUCCAAUGCUUCAUCGAAAGCCACAACAUCACAAUGACAAUCACCACCACCACAAUAAUACUGCAAAUGGCAAUGCAAACAAUGCAAAUGGCUACUCGCCGAUACGAAACACAUUGAAAUUGUCGAUAUCCGAAGAUCACGAUGUCAAGAAAACUCUGAACCAAAGUGCCAUGCGACGGAGAAAGAAUUUGUACAAGAGAAUACGGGUUUUCAUUGUCACAUCGGGCAUACUUGCGUUGCUGUAUCAUGGAUACUACGAAGGACGGCGAUAUAUUCAAUCGAGAGUACCAUCCGUCAGUUUUGAAAAUCCAAAUUCAGACGAUAGUAGCAGUCAACAACUGCGUGGCUCGAACGAAUCAGACGAAGGAGCCACGAUACAACCGGAAGUUUGUUUCAUCACAGCAAGUUAUAGCAAGAAAAAGAAAGAGAUGGACAAAUUGCUGGUGAUCAACAACAAAUCACCCUAUCUGAGAUUUUAUUUGUUUACCAAUCUGAACGAUCAAGAAUGGUCCACGCCUGGAUGGACCAAGAUUGUCACGCAUUUCAAGUAUCGACGGAUCAUUACCCAUUCGCGAUAUGGCAAAUUCUUGGGAUGGAAGGAACCAGAAAUUCAAGAAUGCAAGGCCGUCUUUUACAUGGAUGCCUGUCUACGACCAUCGGAGAAUCAGACCAUGUGGAGAGAAUUGGCAGACAUAAUUGCUACCGACGAGACCGGUACUGGACUGAUGCAAUGGCCACAUCCCAAGAAUCGAAGUGGUGUCAUUGGUGAAUUCCUUGCCAUCAAGGACAGCAAAAAAGACAUUGACAAGAACAUUGUGAAAAGUCUGCAGUGGAUGAUUGCCCAAGAAGAUCUCGAUGUAAAAGCCAAAAUCUACAUGAACGAAAACUUUGGAUACGACCCCAAUUCACAAGUCUACCGGGAAUUAUCGCAAGCCUUUUGGGAUCAAUAUUCGCUGGAAGAAGACAGUUGGCGGGAUCAACCGCUAUGGGCCUUUAUGCUGCAUCGAUACAAUAUUACGCCCAUACCGUAUCCAGUGCCAUACAAACAAGUGUGGCAACGGAACGAUGGUAGGGCAUUGGGUCAUCAUGGGCAUGCUUACACGUCGGAGAAGGACGUGUUGGCAUAA